GUAACUCUGAUUCAUCGCCAAAAGAACCGUCGUCAUCGUCGUCUUCUUUUUUCUUCUAAUAUUUUUGCUUAACCCCUUUUUUCAUAACAACAAUUGAGGUUCCAUUGAUACACAUCUUAUAUCUAUACCCAGUAAGCUAGCUUCCACAUUUUUCUAUGGUCUUUGCGGAAUCCGAUUACCCCGGAAUCCGCCAUGGAAGAUGAAUAGAAUAAUCUCCACGCCGGCGUCCAAAUUCCGCCAUUUCCGGCGCCAUCUCGCGAAACCAUCCGCGACAGCGACUGUGGACGAGCACCCAACACACAUUCUAUGGCGGUACCAAAUUUUAGCCCCGGACAGCGACAUUGUUGCCCAUUGGAACCACCUCUUCCUCUUCACCAGCCUCGUGGCUCUCUUCAUAGACCCUCUCUACUUCUUCCUCCCCUACGUAGGAGGCCCCGCUUGCUUGUCCACCGACGUCGAUUUGGGAAUCACCAUCACCUACUUCCGCACCGUCUCCGACCUCUUCUUCGUCCUCCACAUGGUCAUGAAGUUCCGCACCGCCUUCGUCGCUCCCAGCUCUAGAGUUUUCGGCCGCGGCGAGCUCGUUAUGGACGCCAGAGAGAUAGCCAUGCGCUAUUUGAAGUCCGAUUUUCUUAUUGAUCUCGCAGCCACGCUUCCAUUGCCCCAGAUAGUUAUAUGGUUGGUGAUUCCGGCGACUAGAAACUCAAGAGCAGAUCAUGCAAACAACACUCUGGCUCUGUUCGUUCUCAUUCAAUACAUCCCUAGACUGUUUCUCAUGUUCCCUUUGAAUCAGCGUAUUAUCAAAACUACUGGUGUUGUAACCAAGACAGCUUGGGCAGGCGCGGCAUAUAAUCUUGUUCUUUACAUGCUAGCGAGUCAUGUGUUAGGAGCUUCGUGGUACUUGUUAUCUAUAGGAAGGCAGUUCUCAUGUUGGCAAACCGAGUGUACUAAAGAGAGUACCUCAAAACUCGUCCCUUGUCUCUCCUCUUUUCUGGAUUGUAACAGCUUACAACACUCUGAUCGGAAGUUUUGGUUGAACGUCACCCGUCUCACGGCCAAAUGUGAUGCAACAAAUGAUAACGUUGCCUUCAAGUUUGGAAUAUUUGAAGAUGCUUUUCUCAGUGAUGUUGCCUCCUCAAGGUUUCUUGAGAAGUACUUGUAUUGUCUUUGGUGGGGUUUGAGGAACUUAAGUUCAUAUGGAACGAAUUUGGAUACGAGCAGAUUUCUUGGCGAGACAAUCUUUUGCAUUCUUCUAUGCAUGAUUGGUUUGAUUCUCUUCUCACAUUUGAUUGGAAACAUGCAGACCUACUUGCAAUCAAUGACGGUGAGACUUGAAGAAUGGAGAGUGAAGCGAAGAGAUACUGAGGAAUGGAUGAGGCAUCGCCAGUUACCCCCAGAUUUGCAGGAGCGUGUUCGUCGAUUCGUGCAGUAUCAAUGGCUUGCCACACGAGGAGUUAACGAGGAAUUCAUACUUCGUUCACUACCUUUGGACCUCCGCCGUGAAAUUCAACGCCAUCUAUGUCUUGCACUUGUUCGCCGAGUCCCGUUCUUUUCACAAAUGGAUGACCAGCUUCUCGAUGCCAUAUGUGAGCGUCUAGUCUCAUCCUUGAGUAUCCAAGGCACGUACAUAUUGCAAGAGGAUGAUCCGGUAAAUGAGAUGUUGUUUAUUAUUAGGGGACAACUCGAGAGCUCCACUACUAAUGGUGGUAGAUCCGGGUUCUUCAACUCCAUAACUCUAAGACCCGGAGACUUCUGUGGUGAAGAGUUACUUACUUGGGCCUUGAUGCCGAGCUCUAGUCUGCACCUGCCUUCUUCCACUCGAACAGUUCGAGCCCUGACUGAAGUCGAAGCUUUCGCACUUCGAGCUGAGGAUCUUAAGUUUGUUUCGAGUCAGUUCAAGCGCAUGCACAGCAAGAAACUUCAGCAUGCUUUCAGGUACUACUCCCACCAAUGGAGAACAUGGGGUGCUUGCUUUAUGCAAGCUGCUUGGAGAAGGUAUAAGAAGAGAAAGAUUGCAAAGGAACUAGCUAUGCAGGAGAACUUUUACUACUAUAACCAAAUUUCAGGCCAAGAGGGUGAGGGUGAGGGUGAGAUAUUUGAGAUGGGUGAAAGUGAGACUGCCUCGGCUGGCAAUGCUAGCAAUGCCCAGAAUCUCAGUGCCACAAUUCUGGCUUCCAAAUUUGCUGCAAAUACGAAAAGAGGGGUUAACCAGAAAGCUCAAACCACUGGCCCUGCUGCUUCCACCAGCUUAAAGAUGCCUAAGUUGUUUAAGCCAGACGAACCUGAUUUCUCUUUAUAUCAUGAGGAUGUGUAGUGAAGUGAAACUAACCAGGGACUAGUUUAGAAAGAGUUUUUGUGACAUUUAUGUAAAUAAAUACCAAUAGUCUAGUGAUAAAUAUACUUAAAUCUCAAUUUGGGGCCCUGAUUUUGUUUUUACAGGAGACUCUGGCUAAAAAACACUCUGUGAGGGUAGUAGAAUUGAACAAGAUAAACAAAGAGAAAAAAAGAAAAAGAACAUGGAAUACUGAAACUAAAAGACAGAAAUUGAAGGAAAUUACAACCCUGCGUUUGAAUGUUUAACAAAACAGACUGAGUUCAUUUCUCUUCCCAUAAUAUGGUUCAAUCAAGUAUAAAGUCUCAAUCUCCAACUUCAGAAAGUACAGGAAAAGAAAUUCAGGCACUUACAGAUGACGCUGGUUUCUUCCCUUUCUUGCUCCCACAUCAUCCCAUUUUUCAUAGGAAUAAUACUUUUCCAACAUUUACUACUUCGUUCAACUCUUCUUGUAAUUCUUAGGUAUUGCCAUGUUUAAAAGUUUUGUCUAAUUCGUUUGAGUGAC